UAGGAAAUAAGCACUUUUAUCGUUUCUCGUAUAUCUGCUGUUGGUUUGUCCUGUAGUCAUUGUUAGCUCAGGAAGCUGGCUUUACCUGGAAGAUGGCACACAAAUUGUCUUUUGCAUUUUCUUUCUUUAGGCAGUCAUUCAUCAUUUUUUAUGUCCUUUUGGAUGAUUUAGUUUGACUAAGCAGUUAUAUCUUAUGAACUCUGAUUACGUUAGUAGUUUCUUUCAAUUGCCUAAGUCGCACUCAUUUUCUUAUUUUGGUGUCCAUGCUUUUGUAAAAGUGAAGGUUAUUAAAGAAAAGGAAAAGCCUGACCUUUCAGAGAAAACAGAGCAGCAACAAUGCAAGUAUUACCUACGGUCAGGAGGAUGCAAGCUCGGAAAAGCUUGUAGAUACAAUCAUUCACGGGGAAAAACUGUGCUACCACCACCACCACCACUAGAUUUUAACUUUCUCGGCUUGCCAAUCAGACCGGGGGAGAGAGAAUGCCCGUACUAUAUGCGUACUGGUUCCUGCAAGUUUGGACCCAACUGCAGGUUUCACCAUCCUGAUCCUACUGCUGUGGGAGGACCUGAUACUACUCCUGCUUCUGUUUCCUUGCAUCCUUCAGGUGCAUCACAACCAGCUUCAACAUCUUGGUCAUCUCCAUCAAAUGGGACAGUCCCUUUUGUAGAUGCUGCCACUCCUAAUGGGCCAAUGAUGCUUCCACCUCAAAGGGUGCAUCCAAAUCCUGAAUGGAAUGGAUAUCAGGCUCCAGCUUACGCUCCAGAAAGAAGCUUGCUCCCUCCAUCUCUAGCUUUGAACAAUCCAACAAACAGGACAGAAGUGUUUAUGCAUAAUCAACAGCAUAUGCUGGAUGAAUUCCCGGAGAGACCUGGCCAACCUGAGUGUAGUUACUUCAUGAAAACUGGGGACUGUAAAUAUAGAUCGGCAUGUAAGUUUAAUCAUCCAAAGAUUAAACUUUCCCGGAAUGAUUUGAGAUGGGAAGAUCGGCCUCCGUAUGCAUCUGGUGCAAGUGUUGAGAAAUCAGGGUAUGGGAUUUUUCCACGCCUUUAUGUAGAAUCCCUUUCAUCUUGUCUCUUAACUGCCAGAUGA